AGUGGUUAACAUUCUCUACAGAGAAGGAACGCAGCAACCCUUUGAGCACAAAUAUAUUGCCGUAUGCAAGAUCGUUUCUAUGAACCUCCUCUAAACAACAUGGCGCCACGGUUUGCAGCUAUAGGAGGAUUGAGACUAGAAAAACACAUCUAAAGCAGAGCAGUAGUUUCUUUAAUUUUUUUUUUUAUUUCUUUACUUUUUCAGACUGCAAUGUGAGAUAACCUGGCAUUCUGCAUAGCAUUAUAUUCUGCAAGCACUCUGGGUUGUAAGUGUGUACAUACGCGGCGAUGCAGUCGAAGCUUUAGAACAGUUACCAGACUAGCGAUGACAGGUUAAGUAUACUAUAGGCUACUCACCUGUUAUGACGAGGACGUUUUUCUGAUGGUAGAGCUGUCUGAAGUGACUCCUAGGGAAAAGACAGAAUAACUUGAUGUCUAGAGAGGAAAUUAACUCCAGAUACAACAGAUGCUGCGGAGAACAAAAUGUGCAUUAGCAUUAGGCAUAGUUUCCAAUAACGCAUGCCCUCGGGGACACAUAAAGCAAGAUAUCUAAUUUAUUAUAGUCAGGGUUAGAGAAAUAAGCUCCAAAAUGAAUGAAGACCAUUUUUCUUCCCAUCCUCAAGACGAGAAAGAAAGAGAAAAACUGCCUCCAAUAUUGACUUCUUCUGCAUCUCGGGGUACAGACAGAGCAACAAAAAGCCACUUCACCUUCAGUAGUUUCAUCUCAACCAUCAACCAGAAGAAAGAAGCAGCGAGUAGUCGGAAUCUGGCAUCACAUCUUGUCAAACAAAAUGGUAAAAGUGUGAGAGAGCUGCCUCCCAUCUGUCCUGAUGUACGACAAAAACAACGCCUCUCCAUCGAGACUCUCCCCCCAGAGAUGAAGGCUCCUAUCCCCCCAGAGCCUGUCAUUCCAAUCCGCACUAAGACAGUCAAAGAGUUUCAGGAGGAUAUGGAAAAAGCAAAGACAUCAGGGGACUGGACAUCUGUGCAUGAUUUCUACCUCACUACAUUCGACUCCUUUCUGGAAGUGAACGCAGCUUUUAAGAAAGAUGCAAAUGCUCCAUUUAACACCAUUGAAGAUUCAGGGAUUAAUACCAAAUUUCUAAAUGCUGUUUAUGAUUCCAUACUUAGUACCCCACCGGACACACAAAAAGCUGUGCUGAAGGGCAUCAUUAACAGUUUAUUAAGAGAAUGGAAAGGUGCUCGGACUAAAGAUGACCUUAGAGCUUACUUUACACUUGUACAGAAUCCUCAGUACACAAGCACGUCAACGUAUGUCAUCUUCGCACACUUGCUGAGACAAAUAGCCACCUUGGCUGAAGCUGACCACCAUUUCUUAGUUCACUGGUUUAAAAAGCUUUCUCAGAGGAGGUUCAAACAGCUGGUUGACAGAUUGCUACAGUUCAUAUCCCUGCGACUCUUUCCAGCAAAAUCUGAGGAGCUUCCACCAAUGGGGAAAUGCACCUGGUGGAAUCCUUCAGCAACCAAAGUCCUUGCUUUACUCAAUGCAGCCAAUAGCAUUUCAAAUCCUCCAAUUAUCCCUUUCACGGAUUUCUAUAACUUAACACUGGAUCACAUUGACAUCAUGGAAGAGUAUAACACCUGGCAUUCCUAUGGGAAUUCACACAGGUUUUCUUUCUGCCAGUUCCCUUUUAUUCUUUCAAUUGCAGCAAAGAAAACCAUAACCCAAAGAGACUCUGAGCAGCAGAUGAUCAGUAUUGCCAGACAAAGCCUUGUGGACAAAGUGUCUCGCAGACAGAGACCAGACAUGACCCUGCUGUUCCUCAACAUUAAAGUAAGAAGGAUGCAUCUUGUUAGCGACUCUCUGGAUGAGUUGACAAGAAAGAGAGCAGAUCUAAAGAAGAAACUGAAGGUCACCUUUGUUGGGGAAGCAGGGUUAGACAUGGGCGGCCUGACGAAGGAGUGGUUUCUACUCCUGAUUCGACAGAUUUUUCACGCUGACUACGGUAUGUUCGCAUAUCAGAUGGAUUCACAAUGCCAUUGGUUUAGUAGCUUGAAAUGUGACAACUACUCUGAAUUCCGAUUGGUUGGAACUCUGAUGGGCCUGGCUGUCUAUAAUAGCAUCACCCUGGACAUUCGGUUUCCACCUUGCUGCUACAAGAAGCUGUUGAGUCCUCCCAUAGUUCCAUGUGACCAGAGUACUCCUGUGGGGAUCGCCGCUGUCAGCCUGGAUGACUUGCAGCUAGUCAUGCCUGAACUGGCACAUGGGCUCAGUGAACUCUUAGCUUAUGAAGGCAAUGUGGAAGAAGACUUUUAUUCAACUUUUCAGGUUUUCCAGGAGGAAUUUGGAAUCCUAAAAUCCUAUAACCUCAAACCAGGUGGUGACAGAAUCCCUGUUACCAAUCAGAACAGAAAAGAAUAUGUUCAACUGUAUGUAGACUUCCUUCUCAACAAAUCCAUGUACAAACAGUUUGCAGCUUUCUAUUAUGGAUUCCAUAGCGUCUGUGCCUCAAAUGCACUGAUGCUUCUCCGGCCAGAGGAGGUUGAGAUCCUAGUGUGUGGCUGUCCUGAACUUGACAUGCAUGCUUUGCAGAAAGUAACCCAGUAUGAAGGAUACACCAAGACAGACCCAACCAUCCGAUAUUUCUGGGAUGUGGUUUUAGGAUUCCCUCUGGAACUCCAGAAGAAGUUGUUACAUUUUACCACAGGAAGUGACAGGGUACCAGUUGGGGGAAUGGUAGACCUGAACUUUAAAAUUGCAAAGCAUGAAGUCUCAACUGAUUGGUUGCCAAUAUCCCACACCUGUUUCAACCAGCUUUGCCUGCCUGUGUACAAGAGCAAGAAAGAACUUAAGCAAAAGUUAACUAUUGCCAUUUCAAAUGCAGAAGGGUUUGGUAUGGAGUAGAGUCACAAAACGAAAUAUUAAACUGUAGACUGAUUCACUCUGUUUUUACUGGGUCACUUACUUGUAUUGUAUAUUUGUAACUGUUUGUGACAUAGGGCUGUAAUGAAAAGAUCACAAAGGUACUUGAUGACCAAUGCAAGGCUUUUGAUCAAGGAAACUGUUUUAAAAGGGAGGUUAUAAUGGCAGCCUCCUCUCAGGAUUACAAGAGUUAGUUUCUGUAUAUUUUAAUAAGGGGUUAUAGCAUGGCUUUAGCAGAUAUCAAACAUUAAGCAGUCAUUUUGGGGUAAGAAUGACAACAGAAAAAGUUGUAUGAAAAACUUACUAGCAGAAGACUGGCGUAGGCAGCAGUGUGGCGUAGUGGUUAGGGCGCUGGACUCUUGACUGGAGAGUCGUGGGUUCAAUUCUUGGUGGGGGACACUGCGGCUGUACCCUUGAGCAAGGUACUUUACCUAGAUUGCUCCAGUAAAAACCCAACUGUAUAAAUGGGUACUUGUAUGUAAAAAUAAUGUGAUAUCUUGUAACAAUUGUAAGUCGCCCUGGAUAAGGGUGACUGCUAAGAAAUAUAUAAUAAUAAUAAUAAUGGGCAGGAGGCCAGUUGGCCAGUAUUUUACCUGCACAUUCACUUUAAAUUUUGCAUUUCUUGCAUUAUCCAGAUGUAUCAGUUCCUUCAAUGAACCAAACAGCAGAAAACCAGUCCAAAAUAGUUCAAUGUGGCUUAUACCUAAAAUGGUUUUAGUACUGUAUACGUUAUAGCUUGUUUGGCCUUGUUAUUUGUAUUCUGCUGUCUUCUCUGAUGGAUAUACUGAUAGAUAGAUUGAAUUAAACCACACAACAUUGCUUUGUAAUGAAAUAGCAUGAAGUUACAAUAACUGUAUUUAUAAUACUUUUUUGUAUAUACAAAGGCACACAUUUCCAAGCAAAGGAGAUAUUCUUCUCAUUACAGCCCUACUGUAAGCUUUUUAAAAUGUUUGUAAAAAAGGCAAUGCUCCAUAUGGGGUAUAUUGUUGAAGAGGGUCUUUUUUAAUUAUUUAAUAAAGGCAGAUUUAACUCUCUGUGCUGGUGUUUUCCUCAGGGGUGAUUUAUUGAACCACUUAUUAAUACUCAAUAAAAAUUAAAUUCAAUAAAUAUACAAUGGAAUGAGGUUCAUGAAAGAUCAGGUUUAUAAAUUGUAUGGCACAUGUAUGGAUCUGCUGCUUAGAUCAUUAAAAAAGACCCCAACAACUUAAAAGCUUACUCCUAUAAGUGAAAAGCAUAUACCAAGUAAAGGCUUGUGCCACAUGAUAAUUGAUGUACAGUGGUAUCUGUAUCGCAGAGGUAGAGGUUGGAGAAUGUGGCUCAUUGUAAAAGUUGCCAUCAAAUACUUGCCUUAAAAUGAAGCUGUCUUGGUGGAAUCAAACAAAACACCAAAAAUGGAAAACAAAAUAGAAAAAGUGUGAUUUCAGUAACCUUUUAUGUACAUCUGUCCUAAAUUGUUUGAAGUAGCACAGCGGAUGUGUAAACAUACUUGUGAACUUUACCAUUUGUUGAAUCAGAUGAGAGAACCUUGGUCAAAGUAGCUUAUGUUUGGUUAUUUGCUACAGUAGCUUGGCUGCCAGCUUGGCAGACCUUUGUACUGUAGUAAACUUUUACUUAGAACCAUACCAUUCAAGACUCCUGGAUGCCAGAAUACUGAUCCAGAUUCUACUGAAAUACAAAAGGUACUGGACGUAGCCAUAGAAAGGUACUGGACGUAGCCAUAGAAAGGUACUGGACGUAGCCAUAGUAUGACAGAUUUCUACAGUUGUUUUUAUAGUUGGUGUGAAUACAGUAAAUCUCUUACUAGGAAUUUCAGACAAACAGCCUUAUGCUGAGAUGUGUAACAUUUUAUAAAUGGAAUGUUUCAAACAUGUAUAAAGUGACUUUACCUACUGGUUUUACCUGAACAAAUGUUGAUUUUGAAAUGGGUUAUUUAAAUAGCAUAUUGAAAGCAUAUUGUUUGCUGUCUUGUCUAAGCAUUUAGCGUGUAAUCUUGUUUUGUAUAUUUUGGUAUUCAGGUCUAAUUUAGCUGUAAAUAUGUAUUGCCAUGUUCUUAUGUGAGCAACAUGAAAUAGAAUCAUGAAACAAAAGGCUUGUUUUUUUUUUGUUUUUUUUUUCUAUUUUCCCAUACUACUGCACAAAAACUGCCAUAAACCUACCUACUGACAGUUAACCCCUGUGGUGGCCCCGAACCAUUAACUACCAGUAAAAGUACCUGGCCUGAUUUACUGGACAUUUUGUAAAGCAUCUGCAACUAUUGAAGAUGAAACAGCAAUUUAAAUUUGCUUCCUGGGUCAGACUUGCUGAUAAACAGGGCACCACAAGAGUUACCUGUUCACCUCAAGAAAGUGACAGCAAGCUUUUUAUUAAGAAACUGCUACUGUGUUUGUUGAUGUUUUUGUGUUUAAAUAAAACACUUCAAAUUGAA